CAGUGCUUGGUCAGACUUGGUUGUGUGAGCAGUAGUGAGGUUGUGUUAGUCCUUGAUAAGCAAUGUGUGCACUCUAUUAGCAUUUGGAUAUAUAACGACAGCCAUUAUAGGCCCUCUAGUGGUCUGGAAGGCUGUACAGGAUUAUAAAACAGUAAGACCCCCAGCAGUACUGUAAACACCGGGUGAUCGUGUGCAAGAAGAGUGUCUGCCAGAGCUACAAGACUUGGUGAAGCGAACGACCAACGGGAACCAACUGACUGACUGACUUAUUGUGAGAUAUAUUGUAAUACCAAAAAGAAGAAAGCAAGAUGGCGCUGGCACUGAAGAUUCAUAUUGUUGAACAAAAUGUGAGAAAAAUGAUACAGUUUGAGCCCUCCACGAUGGUGUACGACGCCUGCCGCAUCAUAAGGGAGAAAAUCACUGAAGCUAAUUUAGGCCAACCCAAAGAUUAUGGUUUAUUCCUGGCUGGAGAUGAGGGAACAGGAGUAUGGUUGGAGCCAGGCAGGAACCUCAGUUACUACCUUCUAAGAAACCAGGAUGUGGUGGAAUAUAGGCGGAAGGUGCGCACAUUGAAGGUGCGUAUGUUGGAUGGUACCGUCAAGACCCUCCUGGUGGAUGAUUCUCAGCCUGUAUCACAGCUUAUGGUUGUUAUCUGCACCAAAAUUGGAAUUAUGAAUCAUGAUGAAUACUCCUUGGUUAAUGAAAUUGAGCAAGAGGAGAUUGAAAACAAACCCAACUUUGGAACUCUAACACUGAAGAAGAAAAGAGAAGGAGACAAGGAUCGUGAUGCUAAGAUGGAACAACUGAAAAAGAAAUUACGCACAGAUGAUGAAAUUAACUGGGUUGACCACAGCAAAACCUUGAGAGAACAAGGUAUUGAUGAGACAGAGAUCUUGUUGCUCCGAAGAAAAUAUUUCUUCUCAGAUCAAAACAUUGACUCCAGGGAUCCAGUUCAGUUGGGACUUUUGUAUGUUCAGUGUCGAGAUGCCAUCAUUGAUGGAACACAUCCUGUGACCUUAGACCGAGCCUGUAGGUUUGCAGGCAUUCAGUGUCAGAUACAGUUUGGUGACUAUGUUGAAGCAAAACACAAGGCAGGCUUUCUUGACCUCAAAGAAUUCCUGCCUCAGAGUUAUGUGAAGACAAAGGGCAUUGAGAAGAAGGUUUUCCAAGAACACAGCCUACAUUCGGGUAAUAAUGAGCUGGAUGCCAAGGUUAUAUAUGUUGGCGAGGCCCGAUCUUUGAAGACCUAUGGUGUAACGUUCUUCCUCGUGAAGGAGAAAAUGAAAGGCAAAAACAGACUUGUGCCUCGAUUGUUGGGAGUGACCAAGGACUCAGUUUUACGUCUAGAUGAAAAAACCAAAGAAAUUUUGAAGACAUGGCCACUUACCACAGUAAGAAGAUGGGCAGCAUCACCAAAUACAUUCACCUUAGAUUUCGGUGACUACUCUGAUCAGUACUACUCUGUCCAGACUACAGAAGGUGAGCCAAUUGCUCAGUUGAUUGCUGGUUAUAUUGACAUCAUUUUGAAGAAGCAACGAGCCAAAGAUCACAUCGGCAUUGAGGGAGAUGAUGGCUCAGCAAUGGUAGAAGACAUGGUGUCCCCUAUUAAGGCAAGCAUACUUCAACAUGGAGACACUGGGGGAGGAAUCCAUCAUGCAGAGGAGGAGUCUAUUGCUAAGCCUGCUGUUAUGAGGCCUGGAGUAAAUGGCGCGCAGAGCUUCGGUACAGGGUCCAUGCCAGGGGUGCAGUCAGUGGCCAUAGUGGGGCAGAUCAACCUUGCCCACCAACCUCCUUCGGCCAAACAUCCCCAAGUAACAAGUGUCCUGAGCAAGCCACAGAAAGCACUUGUCUCCACAAUAGAAACUGGGCAAGUGAUAAUUGGAGAAUGUGCACAAAGUUUGGAGACAAAGGCCGAGCUUCCAGAACUGGGCACAGAUCCAGCUUCUAUCAAGUGGAAGCAAGUGACCCUCGACUCCAACAAGCAGACCGUCACAAGUCAGAUUGCUGCCAUGAAUGCUGCCACAGCUGAAGUUGUCACACUAACAUCAUCUGUACAUGAAGAGGUAGACCAUACUGCUGUAGGCGCUGCUAUACAUACCAUUACUUCUAACUUACCUGAAAUGACCAAGGGUGUUCGCAUGAUUGCUGCCCUUCUUGAGACUGAAAAUGAAUCUACUAAUCUGCUAGGUGCAGCAAGGGUGCUCUGCACUGCCUUUUCUGAUUUGCUGAUUGCAGCUGAACCUGAAAGAAAGGAACCACGUCAAGGUUUGCUGACAGCUGCUUCUCAAGUUGGAGAGGCAUCAAAUGCUGUCCUUCACACUGUUGAUGCUCAUCUUGAUCACGAAACUCAAGAUAUUCUUCUCGGACUGGCCAAAGCUGUUGCUAAUACCACUGCAGGCCUUAUUCUGAAGGCUAAAGCAGUUGCAUCACGUUGUGAAGAUCAGGAACUUCAAAAUGUUGUUAUUAAUUCUGCCACUGCAUGUGCCUUAGCCACCUCCCAACUGGUUGCAUGUGCAAAAGUAGUAGCUCCUACCAUUGAUAGCCCAGCAUGCCAGAGUCAGUUAAUUGAAGCAGCAAAGGAAGUUGGUCGGGCUGUUGAGUGUAUGGUUCAGGUGUGCCAGCGUGCUACUCAGGAUGAUGUGCUUCUCCGUGAUCUCUCUCUGGCAGCAGCUGAUGUAACUAAAGCACUCAACGACCUUCUCAACCAUAUCAAGACUGCAGGUGAACAAAAAGGACGUCUCAGUGUUCAUGAUGAAGCUGUGGAAACCAUCCUUGUAUCAAGUGAAAAACUAUUUGCCUCCCAGGGUAAUGCCUCAGAGAUGGUAAGACAGGCCAAGAUCUUAGCACAGGCCACAUCACAUCUUAUACAAAAUAUUAAAUUUGAAGCAGAGAGCCAAGGAGAUGCUGAUCUUCAGAAUAGAUUGUUAGCAGCUGCCAAACAGCUUGCAGAUGCCACUGCAAAGAUGGUAGAGGCUGCAAAGCAGUGUGCUUCUCAUCCUAAUGAUGAAAGGAGGCAAUUAAUGCUUAGGGAAGCUGCAGAGAAUGUGAGAGUUGCAACCAAUGCUGCUGCAGCAAAUGCAUUGAAGAAGAAGAUUAUUAAACGCCUAGAAAAUGCUGCUAAGCAUGCUGCUGCUACAGGCACCCAGUGUAUGGCUGCUGCCCAAGGAGCUGGUCCACACAACACCAGUCCACCCACUCAAGAUGAGCUGAUAUCUGACUGUAAGUCAGUAGCAGAUGUUAUUCCACGACUAGUAGAAGGUGUGAAGGGUACUAUCAAUAACCCAGAUUCCCCACGUUCUCAGCUGGCCCUCAUUAACUCAUGCAAUCAGUUCCUGCAGCCUGGUACAAAAAUGGUAGCCUCUGUAAAAGCUGCUUUGCCCACUGUCUCAGACCAAUCUUCUGCCCUGCAACUGAACAAUUCUUCUAAACAAUUUGGUCAAGCCCUGGUUGACCUUAGAUCUGCUAUUGGAAAAGCCCAGGAAGCUUGCGGAUCAUUAGAAAUUGACUCGGCAUUAGAUGCCAUUCAAGGUCUCAGUGAUGAUCUUAGUGACCUUAGGAACGCUGCAGAAACAGGUACUUUGCGACCUUUACCUGGAGAGACUCCAGAGAAUGCUGCACAACAACUUACCAACUCCAGCAAAAGUGUAGGUUCCACCAUGGCUCAGUUACUGACAUCAUCAUCUCAGGGUAAUCAACAUUUUACAGGAUUGGCUUCCCGUGAUACUGCAUUAGCCCUCAAAGACUUUUCUUAUGCUGUUCGAGGUGUUGUUGCUACAUCUGUUGAUCAUAAUCUGAGAGAUCGCUUGAUCGAAGCUGCACGUGAAGUAAUGAUCAAGUCAUCAGAACUAAUAGAAGAAGCCCGUAUAGUGGUGCAGGGUCCUCAGAGUGUUGCAUCACAGCAGAAGCUCGCUCAAGUAGCUAAAGGAGUAUCCCAGGCUCUUAAUAUGACAGUCAAUUGCUUACCUGGCCAGAAGGAUGUUGAUGAUGCUAUAAUGAACAUUACAGACUCGACCAAUGAUCUAAAUGCUGGCAGGUUCCCACGAGGUUCCAGGCCAUAUGGUGAGCUACAGUCUGAAUUAAGCAAUGCUGCUGCUGAACUCAACAGUGUUACAUCUGAAGUAGUGACAUCAGCUCGUAUGUCUACACAACAUUUGGCCACAUCAUCGAAGAAGUUCUCUGGGGCAUUCGGCAGUCUGAUGGGCGUUGGUAUGGAGAUGGCUGGUACUACCCAAGAUUGUGAAGUGCAAGGACAGAUAGUUGUUAGUCUCAAGAGUGUUUCUAUGUCCUCAUCUAAAUUAUUAGUGUCUGCUAAAGCAGUUUCUGCAGACCCUAAUGCACCCAAUGCCAAGAAUCAGCUAGCAAGUGCUGCUCGUGCUGUUACAGACUCUAUCAACAACCUAAUCAAUGUUUGUACUUCUGCUGCUCCAGGCCAGAAAGAAUGUGAUAAUGCUGUCCGUGCUAUUCAUUCGAUGAAGCCACUUCUUGAUCAUCCUACUGAGGCUGUCACUGAUAUGUCAUACUUUGAGUGUUUGGAUACUGUUAUGGAUCGCUCAAAGAGUUUAGGAGAUGCUAUGACUGGUAUUGCUAACCAUGCUAAGAAAUUGGAACAUGGCAAAUUUGGCUAUGCUGUAAAAGAUGUGAGCGAUGCCAUCUGUGGAUUGGUUGAAAGUGCUGCUCAAGCUGCAUAUCUUGUUGGUAUAUCUGACCCAACAAGUGUUGCUGGACGUCCAGGAUUAGUGGAUCAGUCUCAGUUUGCCCGUGCAAAUCAGGCAAUUGUUGCUGCCUGCCAGACACUCAUCGAUUCUAACAGCAACCAACAGCAGGUCCUCAGUGCAGCAACUAUUAUUGCUAAGCACACAAGUGCCCUGUGUAACAGCUGUCGUGUUGCCUCUGCUAAGACCAACAAUGUUGUGGCCAAACGACAUUUUGUGCAGUCUGCAAAGGAUGUUGCCAAUGCAACUGCUCAUUUGGUCAAAGAAAUUAAGACACUGGACCAAGACUACAGCGAUGUAAACCGUGCUCGCUGCAGUGCUGCAACCAGGCCCCUCUUAGAAGCUGUUGAAAAUCUUUGUACCUUUGCAAGCUCUCCAGAUUUUGCUUCGGUUCCUGCUAAGAUUUCCGCCAAAGCUCGUGAGUCACAAGUACCGAUCACAUCAGCAGGCAAGUCAAUCAUCACUGGUUCUUGCUCCAUGAUUGAAUCAGCAAAGAGCCUGGCUGUUAACCCUAAGGAUCCACCCACUUGGCAGUCUUUGGCAAGUCAUAGCAAGAGUGUUUCUGACAGCAUUAAGAGUCUUGUGGCAUCCAUCAGGGAUAAGGCUCCUGGUCAGAAAGAGUGUGAUGAAGCUAUUGAUAAACUGAACAUGAAUAUAAGAGACCUGGAUCAAGCUUCUCUCUGUGUGUUGGACCAAAACCUACAACAGCAUAAUGAAAACAGCCUUCAGGGAUACAAUGAACAAGUUGAAAAUGCCGGUCAAGCACUUCUGAACAAUAUUGAGAAGGUACGAAAUGCUGCCAAGAGUGAAGCAGAAAAUCUUGGUCAUUCCAUUACCCAGAUGUCCAGCUACUUCGACCCCAUGGUUACAGCUUCCAUUUGUUCAGCAUCAAAUAUGCUCAACAGCAAACAGCAGAUGUGUCUCCUAGACCAGACCAAGACUGUGGCUGAAUGUGCUCUGCAAUUGGUUUAUGCAUCCAAAGAGGCUGGGGGUAACCCUAAGGCUAGACAUGCUCACCCAGAUGUUGAUGAUGCAGCUGACACAAUGAAGGAGACUCUGCAGGAGCUGCUGUCAACUGUGGAGACAAUUGCAACAGAGGCUGGUGUUGUCUCAGGAUUAGUGGAGUCUAUUACUACAGCAAUGCACCAGAUUGAAAGUCAUUCUGUAGUUCCUACAGAUGACAGUGACACCUUUGUUGAUUAUCAGACACGUAUGGUCACAGCUGCCAAAGAGAUCGCACGACUUGCUCAGGAUAUGGUGGGCAAGGCCACAGCUGAUGCUUCACAACUCGGAAAUCUGGGAGCUAGUGUGUCUCACCAGUACGGUUCUCUCACCUGUGACUCAGUUGGGGCCAUCCGACAGACCACAAAUGUUGAAGUAGCAAGCCGACUGCGCACCAGUGUGCAUGAACUUGGUCAGGCAACUAUUGAGCUAGUAAAGGCUGGAGGAUCUUGCCAGGCUGCUUCACGUGACACCUUCAGUCAGCGAGACUUGGCUGAAUCUGCUCGUCAUGUUAAAGAGAAGGCUUCACAUGUCUUGGCUGCACUCCAAGCUGGGUCCCGAGGGACUCAAGCGUGCAUCAAUGCUGCCUCCACUGUGUCUGGCAUCAUUGGUGAUCUAGAUACUACUAUUAUGUUUGCCACUGCCGGUACACUUAAUGCUGAGAAAGAAGGAGAAAACUUCUCAGAUCAUCGUGAAUACAUUCUGAAAACUGCAAAGGCACUAGUUGAAGACACCAAGACACUCGUGGCUGGUGCAGCAUCUUCCCAAGAACAGCUCGCAGUUGCUGCUCAGAAUGCAGUCAGUACUAUAGUCCAGCUCUCAGAUAUUGUCAAAAGUGGAGCCUCUUCAUUAGGAGCUAACAACACAGAACCACAAGUGAUGUUGUUGAAUGCAGUCAAAGAUGUCGCAAUGGCUCUUGGGGAUUUGAUUCAUGCCACCAAAGCUGCUUCAGGCAAAUCUCUCAAUGAUCCUGCAAUGACUACACUGAAGGAAUCUGCCAAGGUUAUGGUGACCAAUGUAACAUCACUCCUAAAGACAGUGAAGGCCGUGGAAGAUGAACACACACGGGGGACAAGAGCUCUGGAGGCUACAAUUGAGGCCAUUGCACAAGAAAUUAGGGCCUUUGAUUCUGAUGAAGCCCCCAAGACCAAGGCAACCCCUGAAGAUUUAGUUCGAUGCACCAAGCCCAUAACACAUGCUACUGCCAAAGCUGUUGGUGCUGGCAAUAGCCUCAAGCAAGAAGAUGUCAUUGUAGCUGCCAACAUGGGCCGCAAGGGCAUCUCAGACAUGCUUACCACAUGCAAGGCUGCAGCAUGGUGUGGUGAAACCAUUGAGCUUCGCUCAAAGGUGAUGACCGCUGGACAUGAUUUGGCUGUGCAGUAUCGGGAACUUCUCCAGAUGGUGAUGCAUCUUCUACACAAACCAAGUCCUGAGGCCCGGAAUGCUCUGAGCACAGUGUCUCGCAAGAUUGCCCAAUGUGUCACAGACUUGGUGGCUACAACUGAACCAUUGAAGGCGCACUUCAAAUGGCACGAGGCUGGCGUGAGUCCGCCCAGUGGUCAUGACUGGGAGGACCCUGAUGACCCAACAGUGAUUGCUGAGAAUGAGCUUAUUGGUGCUGCUAACUCGAUUGAUGCUGCAGCCCGUAAGCUAAUGAUACUUCGGCCACGUCGAGCAGAAACAAAGGAGGUUGACGAGUCUAUGAACUUUGACGAGAUCAUCUUAGAAGCCUGUAAAUCUAUUGCUGCUGCAACUGGAGCAUUAGUGAAGGCUGCAUCAACAGCUCAAAGAGAACUUGUUGAUUCUGGGCGUGUAAGGCGCCGUCCUACUGCUGCAUCAGAUGAUGGCCAGUGGUCAGAAGGAUUGGUGUCUGCUGCACGCCUUGUGGCAGCAGCAACUCAUUCUCUCUGUGAGGCUGCCAAUGCAUUGGUUCAAGGACAAGCUAGUGAGGAGAAGUUGAUAUCAGCUGCAAAACAAGUCGCAGGCUCGACUGCACAGCUGCUUGUAGCAUGCAAGGUGAAGGCAGAUCCUGAUUCAAAUGCAACAAAGCGCCUGCAAGCAGCUGGCAAUGCUGUGAAACGUGCCACUGAUAACUUGGUUCGGGCUGCUCAACAAGCUAUUGAACAUGAUGAUGAGGUCACAGUUGUUGUACCAAACCGUAAGGUUCCUAAUAUGUCACAAAUAAUUGAUGCACGUGCAAGAGUUUUUGAACUGCAAAGACAGACACAGUUAGCCCAAGAAACUUUGAAAGUUCUUCAGAUCAGUCAGUAUAAAGAUGGCAAUGAAUCAGGACUCUCUGAUACAGACCUCUCUGGAUAUGAUUCAUCCUCAAAAUAUGACUCUUCAUAUGAAACAUCAGGAGUAAUCACCUCUACCCGUGCUAUUAAGGUGAACUGCAAGCCAGAGCUCCCACGUCCCCAGUUACUGAACCAGUCAUACACAACAACAUUCACCUCCAGUCCAAAUCGUUUACAAACCACUUCAUCUCCUGUUACACAUUCUCUCAGACAGUCACUGAAUCAUUCAAAUGGUGGAACAGCAUCAAUUGAUACUUCCUUUAAUCUGUCAAAAGUAAGUGACGGUGGAGCUGAAUUUGAUGAUGGACCAACUUUCAGGGAAGCCUUGCGAGCAUUCCAGAAAGAUGGAAGCUCCUCUGUUUCAUCUUCUGCCAACACUUCCUUCAGUAGAUCCAACAGAUCACUCACUGAAUCACAGCAGGUCCUCACAAGCUCCACACAACAAAUUGAGCACACCAUGCACUUGACCAGCUCCAAUAAAAGUUAUCAUGUAGAGGAGAGUUGAAACAAUACAUGAAAUGCAUUUAAUGUUUUAGAUGUUAUUAUGUAGACUUAGCUAUAAUUGGUUAUGUAAUGUCAGGAUAUAAUCACUGUUGUCUCUGAAGAAUCUAUUUUAUGUAGACAGACAUUUAACUUACAUAUUACACAUAUAUAUCAUCAUUUAUACUGGUGCAGUAACUAAGAAUUCUAUAUCAGGCUUUAUGUAGCUUUCACCCAAGUGCUUUUGUGUCUGCAUGAAAGAUAGGAAAGCCAGUUUAGUAAUGGUCUUGGAAAUCCUGGUGCCUUGAAGUGUCCAUCCAUAAACAGCCAACCCAGGGAUGUAGGAAGGAAAUUGGAACUCCUGCCUUAAAAUUGGGAUAUUCUACCCAAUUGCCAACAGGUGUUAAUGCAUUUUUUAAAGAUGUUUGUCAUUGCCAUAAUGCUUUAAAUCCAAUUAAGUAGUUUCUAUAAGGUAUUAUUUUGUAAUUUGUAAUAUGUGAUUAGAAUUAAUAUAUUGAAUUCUUUAUUUAACUUUUAAGAUGACAUUUUCAAAACUAUGACUCCAAAGUACAGUAUACAAAUUGGAAUGUUAAUAAGUUUGUACUAUUCAACUUAUGAAGUAUUUCCCAGAGAUGUAAAUGAUUAACGGCUUACAAUAUAUGCUUGUAGUUUGGUUAUUUAACACUUUGGUGCUGAUAUUUUUGUUCAUAUAAUAGUCAUAUUAAACAUAUCAUGAUGUACAGUUGUAUUGUAUUCCAUUGUAAUGUAGCUUAGUACAAAGAAGGUAAAAUGGAGAAAGGGAGAAUUAUAGUAUUGUAAAGGAUCCCAAAAGGAAUCCUUUCUAUCCAUUAGCUAUAAACAGGAAAAUAAAUAUUUGCAUAUAUACAUAUAAUAUAUAUAGUUCAUCAGAUUGAAUGGUGAAUUUUUUAUGUAUAUUUCUUACAAAAUUAUAAUGGUUCCUUCUCCCUCUCUCUUCGCACUGCCCACCACCUUCUUCUUGCGAGCCCACUCCAGUAAAUCCGUCGCAAAUGAUACAGUGCCUAGGGUCAUGAAACCCUUGUGUCUUACCAUCUAAAAUGUAAUGUGUAAUAAAAGUGUGUUUAAAAA